CGAUAGCUUGUGGCAAAACAACUUCGCGGGGUCCCGUAUACUUCUCCAUCGCGGAUGAUUUACUAGAAAUCGAAUGAGACGCGUGUAUUGCAAUCGUAUGCAAAAAUAAGUUCAAUUGCGCCCGAACCACCCCCCGCUCGUCAACGACUCGUGUGCCGUGUGUUCCAGUCCCCCCGCAAUCAAGCCGAUUUCGUCAACUGCUUUUUCGGCCCCGUAAAAAUUUCUUCUCGCUGCCCGCCGUGUGUAUCGGUGUGUUUGUGUGUGAGCCGCGCGCCCGUGAGUUCUGUGUGUGUGUGAGUGCUGUGCUGUGCUGUGCCAGUGUUUGUGUGUGUGUCGGCCAAAGAGAGCCGCAAAACAACAAAAAGAAAAAAGAAAACCAAAUUCGACAAAUGCGGUCAAAUUGAAAAGAAAAACACAAAAAAUUUAGUAUAUCCAACAACAAAAGCAGCCCGCUCAAAACCAAUCAAAAGCAAAAGCAGAAGCCAGAAGCCAGAAUCCAAAGGCAAAAAUCAAAAAUCAAAAAGGCAAAGCCAAAAGCGAGAAAGCGUGCCGCUGCCUAGCUGACGCUGCAGCCGCCACCGCGUUCCUGAAAAGCCGGAAAAUUGCCUUCUAGGCGUUGUCGCGCGACGACGACGGCGAACCACGAGAGAGACUCUUCUUCUGCCACAAAAAUUGUUUAUGCUGGCUGUGUGCUCGCACUAAGAAAGCAAGAGAGAGGGAAAGGUGCAAACGGUACCGCUGCUCUUAUCAAACGUACACACACGCACACUCCCUUAUCAGCUGAUUGUUGCGAAAAUUCCCAAUUAACGAACAGCGCAUAAAACGGUUCAAGAAACGUCGUAUAAGAUAUUUUAUAUCCAACCAAUCGACAGAUACAUUCGGAGUAAAAACCCCAGAAUAAGAUACAAAGAUACACAGCUACACAGCUACAAGCCAGCCCGCAGCCCGCAGUCCGGGGAGAACACAGAACACACACGACAUUCAAUCAAGCAAAAACACUUGAAAGGGGGGAAUAUUAUUCGCUCGGUGUUCGAUAUUCCGAUUCCUUGAAAACUAAAUGACGCCUGUGUCUGCAGCACUGAUGCCACAUACCUCGGACCAUAGACGACGGCCCCAAAUUAGCCAUCAAGCCAUAGAUUUGCAAGUCUAGAGAUACAAAGAUACUCCCAGCAGACGCACAGCGACAGAGAGAGAGAGAGAGAGACACCCAAAAGAAGGAGCCCUCGAAAGCCGUAGAUACAUCAAAAGGAGAGACCAGCAGCCGCAGCCCUCCACAGCCCAGCCGUUGAGUGUUUUAUUUCGAGAGCGCCAAAGGAUUCAUUAAAAAACCGCCAACCUGGAACUAAUGGAAUUAGAGAAUAUUGUGGCCAAUACGGUCUACUUGAAAGCAAGAGAAGGUGGUUCCGACAGCAACAAGGGAAAGAGUAAAAAAUGGCGCAAAAUAUUACAAUUUCCACACAUAUCGCAAUGCAUCAACCUGAAAGACAAAUUAGAUAUAAGCUAUGGCUACGUGAUAGAUCAGCAACCCAUUGGUCGUGAGCUCUUUCGACAGUUCUGCGAGAACAAGCGGCCCAUCUACUUUCGCUAUAUCGUUUUUCUCGAGCAGGUGGUCAAAUACGAAAUCGAGUACAUUGUGAAUCGCAUAUUUAUGGGCCAUGACAUUGGACGGCGCUUCCUGGAUGUUGAGCCGCAGCUGGAGCUGCGCAAUGGCGGCGGUCUGGGCGGUGGCGAUGCACUCGAUGCGGAGACACGGGAGGAGCUGCUGCUCAACAGCAGCAAUGCCAAUCCAACCGAAACAACAACCACAACAACAACAGCUGAGACUGAACACUGCAACAAUACCACCGCCAACAACUGCAACAACAUCACCAGCAACAGCAACAGCAACAUCAAUCACAAGAAGCUGGACACACGCAACCAUAACGGGGAUGACCAUGCCACUGCCGGUGGCAACACCGACGACGGCGACGAGGGUGUCGAGUGCGGCGACAGUAAUGACGAUGCCGCCGCCGAGAAGGCGAUCAGCGCUGGUGGAGAUGGAGGUGGAGUCGGAGGUGGUGGAGGUGCCUCUGGCAUUGGAGGAUCUGCGGACGAACUGGUUCUGGACGUGCUCAACGAUGAUCUCAUUGCGCAAGUGCGUAACAAACUGAACUCCGGCGGCAAGGACAUCUUUGUCCAGUGCGUCAAGGCGGUGAAGGCAUUCCUGGCCGGCGAACCCUUCCGGGAGUUCGAGAACUCCAUGUACUUUCAUCGAUAUCUGCAGUGGAAGUGGCUGGAGGCGCAGCCCAUAACCUACAAAACAUUUCGCAUGUAUCGUGUCCUCGGCAAGGGGGGCUUUGGCGAGGUCUGCGCCUGUCAGGUGCGGGCUACAGGGAAAAUGUAUGCGUGCAAAAAGCUGGAGAAGAAACGCAUCAAGAAACGCAAGGGCGAGUCGAUGGUGCUCAUCGAGAAGCAGAUACUGCAGAAAAUCAACUCCCCAUUUGUGGUGAAUCUGGCCUAUGCGUACGAGACAAAGGACGCCCUCUGCCUGGUCCUGACCAUCAUGAAUGGCGGCGAUUUGAAAUUCCACAUUUACAACAUGGGUGGCGAGCCGGGCUUUGAGCUGGAGCGUGCCCGGUUCUAUGCCGCGGAGGUGGCCUGCGGGCUGCAGCAUCUGCACAAGCAGGGCAUCGUCUACAGGGACUGCAAGCCGGAGAACAUACUGCUCGACGAUCACGGUCAUGUGCGCAUCUCCGACCUCGGCCUGGCCGUCGAGAUACCCGAGGGCGAGAUGGUGCGAGGACGCGUGGGCACAGUGGGCUACAUGGCGCCGGAGGUAAUUGACAAUGAGAAGUAUGCCUUCUCGCCGGAUUGGUUCAGCUUUGGCUGCCUGCUGUACGAGAUGAUCGAAGGCCAGGCACCAUUCCGAAUGCGCAAGGAGAAGGUCAAGCGUGAGGAGGUGGACAGGCGCGUUAAGGAGGAUCCCGAAAAGUAUUCGAGCAAGUUUAGUGAUGAAGCCAAAUCCAUGUGCCAACAGCUGUUAGCUAAAUCGAUAAAGCAGCGCCUCGGGUGCCGCAACGGGAGGAUGGGCUCCCAGGAUGUGAUGGCCCAUCCGUUCUUCCACUCCACGCAGCUGAAUUGGCGCCGCCUGGAGGCUGGCAUGCUCGAGCCGCCAUUCGUGCCAGACCCGCACGCCGUUUACGCCAAAGAUGUGCUCGAUAUUGAACAGUUCUCGACGGUGAAGGGCGUCAAUAUCGAUGAGUCCGACACGAAUUUCUAUACGAAAUUCAACACCGGCUCGGUGUCCAUUUCAUGGCAGACUGAAAUGAUGGAAACGGAGUGUUUUCGCGAGCUGAACGUGUUCGGGUCCGAGGAGUGCCCGACGCCAGAUUUGCAGAUCAAUGCCACGCCCGAACCGGACAAGGCUGGAUGCUUUCCCUUCAGGCGGAAGAAGAAGCAGCCGGCACGCACACAGCCCAUACCCAUUCCUGAGCAUCUGUUAACCACUAGUCACAGCGUGUCCUCCACGACGGUGGAGAGCUGAUAGCAUAGACUGGUCUCUGAGGAAGCCUCUACGCGUACGCCAAUCGUAGUAGAUGUCGAAACAUAGCACAAAAUGCGCAAAUUUACCCCGAAAUAGAGGUAUUCAACAGCAGCAGCAGCAGCACAUCGUAGCACAACCUAAAGAAAAAAAAAAACAUAAAACAAAAUAAAACAAAAAACCAAAAUGGGUUUCUCUCCUCAGUUGACGCGCAAGAAGCACUUUUGAAAUUGUAUUUUUACAUCAAAUUUUCUAAUGAAAUUGCAAGCUGAUUUCACACACAAACACGCAUAAGUAUAGUAUCUUUAUAAAUGUUUCCAAAAAGACUCUUUCAAACCGAAACAAAGAAACACAAACACUAAGCACACACUAGAGCGUUACUUAAUUGAAAAUGUGGUAUGCAUAGAAUACUGUACCACUUUACUAAACUUGGACAGACGACACGCCACGCUGGACAGGACAGCCGCAAGCCGCAAGCCGCAGAUUGGUUUGCCAUAGCACCCCCAAAAAGAUAAUGUUACUUAAAUGCAAAUGCUAUACCUAGAUAUAUAAAUAUAUAUAAAAUUGAUCACCCUAUUAUACGCAGCAGCAGGCAGCACUUUGGAUUGUAAUAUUUGUAAAGUAGUUUGUGCUCAACGGGGGACACACGCACUGGAAGAAGAAGGAGAAGAAGAAGGUUCUUCUAGUUAGCAUUUUGUAGGGCAGUUAAGCAAAUGACAUGAAUACUCGAAAAUACUUGAAUGCAUUUUUUAAACAAAUACUUAACAACACACACACACAAAUACAUGCAUAGACACACAUACAGUACGUAGCAUAAGCAUACACGUGUACAUACUCGUAUGUGAGAGGUGUACAUUUUAAAAUUAUUUAUACGACUUUCCUAAUUUUAAUUGCCGCACACUUUUGCUACGCUUUUCAUAUAACAUAUAACAUAUGUAUUGUUCUUGGACUCUAUUUUUCUGUUGCCUAAGUUUAAGUUGGCCCGAAGGCCUCCCCGCCCUGGGAGGAAGUUAUUACUGAUAUUUGUUUCGUCGUCAUGCAAUAAAUUAACAACAAAUUACGCUAACUAAUGCUAAUUCCUGCGAGAUAUCGAUGUCGGCUAGUGUCUAAGUUUUGUGUAAACGUAGCGUAGGCAUUUUGUAAUUAGCAAAAACAAAGGAGGUGAAACGAAUGAAAAGAGGAAAACCAAUUGGAGAAUUUAUUAUGUUAAUAUUGAGAAUUAAUUAUAAUUAUUGCAAUUGUUGGCCUCAUCGUAUGGGAUGGCGGCCAAGUGCAACGUUUAGUUCCAAUUCAAUUGAUUUUAGGCACAACUAGCAAAUUUAAGGCAUACAUAGAAUUGAACAACUACGAGUACGAGUAUAACCAGCACAACAGAACGAAAUGAAACGCAUUCAAAGCAGACAGAAUCGAACAGAACAGAACAGACAAAUGCCAUCAGCAGGCAGCAGGCAGCAAGCAGCCAGGCCAGGCCAGCCCCGCCCCGCCCCAGACUCACUCACUCAAUUUAGCACUAUAGCAAUAAAGGAAAACCAAACCGAGCAAGCGCCGAAAUAUUUAUCUAUAGUAAUUAAAGGCAUAUUUAUAGAGCAUCGUAAAUCGUAAAUCGUAAAUACCAGAUAUACAUACUACAUGCAUACAUACAUACACACAUAAAUAAAUCUACCCUCUAAGCGAAAGGAAAUACAAACAAACACACAAGUCAAGAGAUGAACAUUCAAAAACAAUAAACGUAUUUAACUAA